AUGAAUAUUGAGUGGUUUGCAAUAGGCGUUGGUGCAAUUGUGGUUUUGUACAUCCUUUAUCAUUUUAUCAAAAUGAUUUGGAGCAUAUUGGGGUUAUAUGUGUUCUACCAACCAAUUGAUUUAAAAAAGAAGGCUGGUGCUUCAUGGGCAGUGAUCACUGGAGGUACUGAUGGAAUUGGAAAGUCAUUUUCAUUUGAGUUGGCAAAACGUGGAUUCAAUAUUUACAUAGUUUCUCGUACCCAAUCAAAACUUGAACAGACGAAGAAGGAAAUUAUGGAGAAAUAUUCAAACGUUGAAGUUCGUUUUGCAACUUUUGACUUCACAAAUCCUUCUAUCAGUGACUAUAAGAAGCUUCUGAGCCAGUUGAAUGAAGUAUCAAUCGGAAUGUUGAUCAACAAUGUUGGAAUGCUGUUUGAAUAUCCAGAAAACUUGCAUAAAACAGUGGGAGGAAUAGACGUAGUUGCAAAUGUUACAAUUCUCAAUACAUUGCCAGUGACGUUGCUUUCUGCUGGAAUUCUUCCACAAAUGGUGUCUCGAAAAACCGGCAUUAUCGUCAAUAUUGGAUCAGUUGCAGGAGCAGCUAAAAUGGCCGAAUGGUCGGUGUAUUCUGCUUCGAAGAAAUACGUUGAGUGGCUUACAGGGUGUCUCCGAAAGGAGUACGAACAUCAGGGAAUUAUUAUCCAAGCCAUUACCCCAGCAUUGGUUGCAACAAAACUCUCUGGACAUACGGAGACCUCAUUAUUUUGCCCCGACAGUGCUACAUUUGCCAAAUCAGCUCUGAACACAGUUGGACAUACAUCUCAAACAACUGGAUAUAUUAAUCAUCAAAUUCAAUGUGAAAUGCUGGCAUUGUUUCCAGAAUGUUUCUUGGACAGUUUUGUUAAAAAAUCAAGUGUCGAAACACGGGAGAAAGCUCUAGCGAAAAAAGAAAACAAGCAUUUGUUGUAGAUUAUUAGUUCAAACUCCGUUGUAUUUUAUUUUUGUGAUAAAUAUUUUUUAAAAGAGAAAAAUUUGAAAAUGUGCGUUUACUUUUGUGAAUUCUAUGAGGACAAAGUUACAAAAUAUAUUUACAGACAGUUAUUUGAAUUUUUUUGGAAAUUAGUUAUUUGUAUUGGAGAUAUAGUUUUGUACGUGACCCUAUUCAA